UAAAGUACCGAAACGAUUUCGUCGUACGGCAUUGUUUAUUUAUGUGCAUUUAUAAAAAUCACGGAUAGAAGUUGAUGUUAGAACGAACAGUAAACAAUAAGUAAAUUGCAUCGAGAAAAUGGCGGAAGGCAUAUACGCGAAAGUCGUGCAAGCCAUGAGAAAACAUACUGCUACUGUAUUUUGUUUUCAUGGUUCUGGUGGCACAGCAGAGGGUUUCAAAGAAUGGAUUGAUAUUCUUAAUAGAGAAAGUCUACGGUUCCCACACAUAAAAUUUAUUUAUCUUAACGCACCUAGUCGAGCUUACACACCUAACAACGGAAUGAUGCAAAAUGUAUGGUUUGAUCGUAUAGCAAUAUCCAAUCAAGUUCCAGAACACUUAGAGUCGAUCAAUUACAUGUGUGAAAUUGUAUCAAAACGGAUUUCCCACGAAGUAGAUGAUGGAAUUCCGUUUAACAGAAUAAUUGUGGGUGGAUUUUCGAUGGGUGGCUGUCUCUCAUUGCAUCUAGCAUAUAGGUAUCAUCCCCGAUUUUUCCCAUCAAACCUAGGUGGCUGUUUUGUUAUGUCUUCCUUCCUGAACAAGGGUUCUGAAGUCUAUGAGUAUUUGAAAAUGAAACCAGAACUUGGCAAGAUACCACUUGUUCAAUACCAUGGCACAGCAGAUACUUUGGUUCCUAUUGAAUGGGGUGAAGAGAGCGCUAAGAAUCUGAAGGAUCUUGGAGUAAACGUGAAGUUUAUGCCGCUGCAAGAUGUGGAGCACGACUUGAGUCGUGAAGAAAUCCAAAAUUGGAAAGACUGGCUCCUCCAGAUCUUGCCAGAUAAAUAAUAUUCAAAUUGUUAAAUAUUAAAAUCAUUGUUGAUAUACUAUAAUCAAGGCUGUAAAAUGGUGUAUAUUGCAUUUGUUUUUAGAAAUAUAUCUACGGUAGGUGUUAUGUAACGGUGGCAAUAAAAAUUAAGUUUUAUUACGAUACGUAAGAGUUAUAUCAAUUGGUAAAGAAGUGAUAAAUUUAAGAAAGACCCUGACUCCUGUAUGCAACAAGAUGAAUUGUGCCAUUAUGUCAUUGGGUGAUUAUAUGGUACGCGCAUGUCAUGAAUAAUGUUAAUUCACAAGAUCAAUAAAUUGGCCCCGACCUUCAAAAUAUUUAAAU